ACAUUUACUGGUCCUUUCUUCCCUCAUCUUCCUCCUUAGUCUUGUUAAGACUCUCACUAUCAAUCACUACAUAAACAACACACACACUCACUCUGUUUCUUCUCCCCAAAUCCAAACCUGGCAACGCACACGUAACCUUUUCAUGCUCUUCAAUUCAUUCAAAACCCCCUCAUUCACUUCACAAUCCUUCUUUGCUUCAAUCUCAACACUCUCUCUAAGCCUUCAAUUCCCUUUCAAUCACCACAAUGUCAAACUCCAGUGGCUUUGCCUUGACAAAGAAUUCCGGUUCCAACCGCUUCUAUGUCCCUCCUGUUAUCAGGAGAAACAGGAAGCAGCAGCAGCAGCAGCAGCAGCAGAGACCAUUGGAGACCGACUCGGUCGAACCGGUCCCUAUCGAACCGGCAUUACCAGAAGCUGCUAAUUCCAGUAACAUGGAUCGCCUUUUGGCCUCUCUCACACCUUUAGUCCCUGCAAAAUUCUCAAAGGAGCUUGUAGUGGAGGGACUGAGGAGUAUUGAAUGUAAUGGUAGUGCUUACUUUUUGCUUGAGGAUCUCUGGGAAUCUUUCAGAGAGUGGAGUGCUUAUGGAGUAGAAGUUCCGCUGGUUGUAGAUGGAGACGACACCAUUAAGCAAUAUUAUGUUCCGUACCUGUCUGCAAUUCAGUUGUAUGCGUUGAGGAGACUUGAUGAGGACAGUGGGACUGAGUCUUCAAAGGAGAUAAGUAGUGCUGGCAGCAGCGAUAAUGAAGCAGACAAACGAGCCAGAGGUGGUAACUUGAUGAACAUUAAUUCUCAGAGACUUAGCAGACUGACUUUGAGAGAGGGAACUUCACUGGGUUCUUCUAGUGAUGAAACUGAGUUCUACAACUCACCUGAGCAGCUUGUCUAUGAGUAUUUUGAAGGAGAACAGCCACAUUUUCGUCCUCCUUUUCAUGAUAAGGUUUCUGUCCUUGCUUCUGAGUUUCCUUGUCUAAUGAAGUAUAGGAGCUGGGAUAUAUCGCCUUCUAGCUGGUUUUCUGUGGCAUGGUAUCCAAUUUACAGAAUCCCUGUCGGAUCAACACUCAAGAGUUUGGAUGCUUCUUUCCUAACCUUCCAUUCUUUGUCAGCCCACUCUAGAAGGAAAAAUCAAGCACUGUCUCAUGCUUCUAGUGGCACAAAGGUGCACGGUGUUGAUGGAUCCUCAAAAAUAUCUCUGCCUGCUUUUGCCCUGGCUUCUUACAAGUUGAGAGGCUCAAUUUUGACUCCUAAUGGAGCCUCUGAAUGGGAGCAGGUGAACUCUUUGUUGCAGGCUGCUGCUGAUUGGCUGAAGAAUUUGCAGGUCAAUCAUCCUGACUUCCAGUACUUUGUUACCCGCAGUCCCCAAUGGUGAUGAUGGAAAUAUGAUUCAAAAUAUUCUGCCAUAUCCUGAGAGAGGUUCCUGCCAUACCCAUAGCCCUCAUACUAACCAACUUAAUUAGUAAGUGCUUUUAAUUACUUUAGGUCUGUCUAUAGGAGUUGCCUUAUACUGAGGUCAUCACCUCAAUUGAAUUUGGCUGGGAUUUACAGACAUUUGUUUAUGAUUAGACUAUAUUAAAGUCUACAAAGUCAAUGAAAGGCUGAUAGUCAAUAGGAAUCUAUAUGUCAUACAAGUAAGGCAGUAUAGGAAAUUGAAAUUACAAGGCCCUGCUUUUUUCCUUGUUUGGGGCAGCUCAAACUUU